AUGCAAUUUAUAGGUUUGAGUAAUUUCAGGAUGAAUUAUAUUGCUCAAUUUCGAAUUUCACUUAGAUAGAUAACUAUUCUCUCUGGUAACUCAAUCAUUAAGCGUUAUAGUAUUUGUUAGGAAGAAUCACAACAAUUAUAAGGCUUGAUUGCAAAUUUCUAAACUGAGUUCAACAUCAAUCCUCAAAUAAUUAAAUAAAAUUCGUAAGAGUAAGUUCUCAAGGCAGAUAAACAUUACCAGGUCCAAUUCGUGUGCUCAGAAAUAUGGAAUUUCCUGAUGCAACACAUCUAAGGAGGUUUUUAUUAUCAUUAUUCUUCUAUAGGACCUUGUUUGCCAAUUUACACAAUAGAAAUACAUAAUAUCAAAAAAAGUACUAUUUAUGACUUUACAUUUCUGUCACAACACGAUAUCGAAUAAUUACCAAAUCAUCUCGUAAUACCAGUAGACAUGACUUAAAUGGAGUUCUUGAUUUAAAAUGAAGAUGAUUCUUUUACAUACCUAACCAAAGUUGUUCCUUUGGCUUUUACAGUCGAUUAAGUUAUAAAUAAGAUACUGUCAUCACAAUUCAAUAUAUCAAAUUAUUUGUGCUUUAAUUAAACAAGUAAAAAGAUUAUAUUAAAUAAAAAUUCAACUUUAAUCUAUGAAUUAGAGUUCAAAUCUCUCUGGUUUUUUAAACCCAACAAGAGAGACAUUGGAUUUUAAGAAAAUUUUGAUGAAAUUACAAUGUAGCAGGAUUUCCAAAAUCUCAUUACUGGUUCAACAGAAUCGACUUUUGAAUCAAGGGAAAUCCAAUCAAUAUUAGACAGCAGUUCAAAAUCACACGAAUUCGAAGAUGAUAUCAACAAUUUGAUGUUGAGAGAUAUUAAUGAAUUCAAAAACGAAAUCGAAACCAUUCUCUAAUAUCAUAAAAAAUAACCUCUUACAUUACUAAAAGAAGAACAAGCCAUUGAAAAUAUAAAUCAAAUAAUCUUAUAGAUUGAAUAGGAAAACUGUUUCAAAAAAGAGCAACAAGAAGAAGGAACUAAUGAUGAACUUAUCGAUUAUUAGGAUAUUUGA